AAGCAACUGGAGGGAAAUAUGGCCAACAGUGAGCGCACCUUCAUUGCCAUCAAGCCUGAUGGGGUCCAGCGCGGCCUUGUGGGAGACAUCAUCAGACGUUUUGAGCAGAAGGGAUUCCACCUUGUUGCUUUGAAAUUCAUGCAGGCUUCUGAAGACCUUCUCAAGGAACACUACAUUGACCUGAAGGACCGUCCAUUCUAUGCUGGCCUGGUAAAAUACAUGCACUCAGGGCCAGUGGUUGCCAUGGUCUGGGAGGGGCUGAAUGUUGUAAAAACUGGCCGAGUGAUGCUUGGGGAGACCAACCCUGCUGACUCCAAGCCUGGCACCAUCCGUGGGGACUUUUGCAUUCAAGUUGGCAGGAACAUUAUUCAUGGCAGCGAUUCUGUGGAGAGCGCAGAGAAGGAGAUUGGCUUGUGGUUUCACCCUGAGGAGCUGGUAAAUUACAAGAGCUGUGCUCAGGACUGGCUCUACGAGUGACAUGAAGGCAGGCCACAGAAAUUUUGCCAUUCCACUUCCCGUCUCUUCCACAGGCAGGGGACCAGGUUGUAGCAAACCUACUUAUUUCCGGAGACUUCCUUAUAAUGCAGAGGGAAACUUUUGAAGCUAUGAAUGCUCCUUGUACAGUGUUACCUGCUACCAUCAGAUUAAAAUGUUUCAUCCC